GCUGUUCGCUCGGUGCGACGUGAGUCCCAGCUCAGAGCUUAUCCUGUGUUCACCGGCGCUACCGCCCCCCGACGUGAGAGAGCGAAGUUCUCGGGCCGCGCUUACUCCCUACCUGGGUGCCCUCCCCCUCCGGGAGCCUGGGUCCCCGGGGCGGUCGCGGCGGCUGCAUCCUCAGGCCAGGCCGCGGGGGGAGGGGGCGGCACGGGCCUCCGAAAGCGGGGCCAUGGAGCCCAGAGAGUCGGGGAAGGUAGGACUGGAAGGCCCGAGGGCCGCCCGCUCCCUCCCGAGGAUCCCUGAGCCGGGCUCGGGCGAGGCGGGGCGGCUCGGGUGGAGGCCCCGCAGAUGAGCCAGGCUUGCAGGGAAGGACUAGCCGGCCCGCCCUCUCUUCCCGCACUUCGGCGCCCGACCCCGGGAGGGUGGCGGAGAGGAGCGGACGCUCCCGUUCGGUGUCCACGCAUCCUCCCCGAGCUGGCGAGCGGCCGCUGGGUCGAUGCUGGGUUGGGUGACCCCCGAGUGGAGCGAUGCGAAGGUGCUUCCUGUUUCCCUCACGACCUUCGGCGUUUUGAAGAGGCCCGGCUAAGGCUUGGAGUCUGGAUCGGACGCCAGUGGGAGCUGCAGGGUGGGACGCUUGAGGGCUUGGCCCUGCCUAGAUCCUCCUUCCCAAGAAAGGGCUGAAAAGAGAGGGCAUCUGGCAUGCUUUUUGCCACUUCUGUUUCUAGGUUAUGUACUUCAUGGAAUAUCUGGGCAUUGCUUAGAAACCUGUGUCAUAAAUUGGCUUUGGGCUAGAGGCUUUGAGUUGGAAGAAAAGGUGGAAAGAAAGUGCUUGGGGGCGGAGUUCAGGGAUUUGACGGGAUUGCCAAGAGCUUCCAGGCCGUGUCUUCCAAGACCAGUGUGGUUGUGGGCACAUUAGCUCGGAGACAGUGGCAGCCUCUUGGGACUAACAUCUUUCUGGAUGUUGUUUGCUGCCAGUUCUCGAGUAUUGUUUCUUAUUUGGCACAGAGGAGAAUUCUCUCAACAAACAUUUUCGACUGUUUAUUGAGUCCCUUAAAAAAUUGUCCAUUUAAUAAACAUUUGUGAUCUGUGAUUUGCAUUGAACGAGAUGCUGGAAGUAUGAGGAUAAAUAGGAAAUGAUCACCUUUCUCAAGGAGCUCUCCUGCAGUUUUCACUUCAAUAACUUGGACACGCCUGAACGGGCUGUCCCACACGAAAAGAGAGAAAAGGAUAAUGAGGUUCUUUUGAUGCUGUAGUUUUUCCUGGGAAGACUAGGAAGGACUGUGAAUUUCAAAAAAGGUGAUUUCUCGCAUGAGCAUCUCUUCCAUCUUCCCUCCCUCCACAAGCUACAGUGAUGCAUGUUCCAGACACGGCACCUACAGAGUACACGGUCCAAGACAAUAAAACUCAACAAAACCCAAGGAAAGAUGGAGCUUAUGGCCCUUACGCUUUAGAAAUAUCCCCAGAUUGGUUUAGAUUGAACCUGAAUUUGAAUAAAGAGAAGCAAAAUGUAGGAGGAAGAAGGAUUAUAAAAUAUUGGGAUUGAUAUUGGAAUCAGUGAUUUGAAGUUGAUUUCCAAGCUAUUCUGUUCAGUCAGAGGCUUUCUUAGCCUUUAAUGGGAGAAGAGAAAUACGGUCAUGCGCUGUAUAACAAGGUUUCCAUCAACACCACUCUCACGUACAAUCCCCUGAGACUACAGUGGGGCUGAGAAAUUCCUAACACCUGGUGACAUCUUCAUGAUCCUGACCCUGUGUAGGCUUAGGCUAAUGUGUGUGUUUGUGUCUUAGGUUUUAAGAAAGCUUAAAAAGUAAAAAAAAAAAAAAAAAAAAUUUAAAAAUAGAAAACCUCAUAGAAUUAGAAUAUAAAGAGAAAUACUUUUUGUUGAUGGAAUGGUUUGCUGGAAAAUAAAAAUACAAAAAUAUUUAAAGAAAAAUAUUGUACAGACGUACAAUGCGUGUUAAGCUAAGUGUUAUUACAAAAGAGUCAAAAGUUUAAAAAAUUAAGUUUAUAAAGUAAAACAAUUACAAUAAGCUAGGGUUAAUUUAUGAUUGAAGAAAGAAAAAUUUUGAUAAAUUCAGUGUAGCCUUAGUGUGCAGUGUUUAUAAAGUCUACAGAAGUGUUCAGUCAUGUCCUAGGCCUUCACGUUCUCUCACCACUCACUCACUCACUCACCCAGAGCAACUUCCAGUCCUGCAAGCUCCAUUCAUGGUAAGUGCCCAAUACAGAUGGACCUUUUUUUUUUUGUCUUUUCUACCAUAUUCUUACUGUACCUUUUCUGUGUUUAGAUAUGCAAAUACUUACCAUGUGUUACAGUUGCCUACAGUUUUCAGUACAGUAACAUACUGUGCAGGAUUGUAGCCUAGGGGGCAAAAGGCUAUACCAUAUAGCCUAGAUGUGUAGUAGGCUGUGCCAUGUAGUUUUGUAUAAGUACACUCUGUGAUGUUCCAUAAUGACAGAACUGCCUAAGGACACAUUUCCUAGAACUUAUCCCUGUUGUUAAGCAACGCGUGACUGUACAAACAUUUUGGGAGGUAGAGGAGAAACCUGAUUCCGUGUCCUGUCCAACAACUAAGUGAAACCUCAGAGACUGGAAAUUUCACCCUUGAUUAUAAUCUUGAUUUUAGGGUAUCUCAGAAAGGUGUUCACCCUUCCCAAGUACAGUUGUUUUCUAAUAUGGGAAAUGAGAACUUCAUACAAGAAUGAAAUAAAGUAAUUACAAAACCAACUGUCAGUGUAAGAUGUGUUGCAAAUGAGUGACAAGGAAUAGCGGUGCUGUUCUACAACUCCACUCCGAACAGCAUUCUUAUGGCUCAGAACUGGGAGACUACCUCGUGAGAUAGUGGUUUGGUCUAUUACUAGGCUCUUCCUUGGGUGCUGUUUUGUGGUCUUUAUUAACUAAGAGCCAUCCUGGGCCAUUGGAUUGAUAUCCCACAUUGAAUGUAGGACAUCUUGCCUGUCAUUGACAGAAUAAUGGAUAAGGGCCAGACUUUUCCCCAUCAUGUUCUAUCCCAUGAUCCUGUUUUAUUUUCUUCCCAACCCUUAUCACUAAACAAAAUUCUCAUGUUUAUUUAUUUACAUAUUUGUUGACUUGACUCUUACAUCCCCAGCUAGAACAGUGGAGCAGUUCCUGGCACUUAAUAGGGUCUCAGGAAGGAAUGCUCCUAAAAUAGCAUCACUACAGGAGCCCUUUUGCUGCACGGUGUGGGUGCUCUGAAGAACACUGCAGCCCGCCACCUCAUGUGCCUCCUAGGAGACUGUGCUGUUGAUGCCCCCAAAGAGAAGUCUAUAUGUGUACUUGUUGCUGUAUGUAUUUGUUGCCUCAAUGUUUCUGUUUCCUGGCCGUCUCUAUCUUUCCUGUACAAGUGACUGAUACUCCUUUCUAAUUUUUUUCUGAACAUGGUUCCAUUAUUGCACUUAUAUCUUAGUUGUCUGUCACCUCCUGAUAGAUUUUAAUCUCAUAUCUUUGAAUUACCAUGCAUCAGGCACAUAGAAACACUUAAGUAAUAAAUGUGUGUUGAAUGAAAAAAUGAAUUAAAUGCCUAUAAAAUACUUUCCAUAUAACAUGGUUGUGGGGAGAAGGGUGGUGUUGAUGAAGGAAGUUAUGAAAUCAAGCAGCAUAGAUUUCCUUAACACUGGACUCUAGGGGGGAUAUAAAGCCUUCCUUGCUCAGGAGAAGGAUAAAUGCUUGGGCCAGGUGGUUAGGAAGUCCUUCCUGAAAGAGAACAUGAAUCAUGACUUUAUGGGUGGGUGGAUUCUAAGUUGGUGGGAGGAAGUGGGCAGUCAGGAUCUAAAGACUGGGAGUGUGAGAUAGGCUGGGUGAUUGCAAUGAUAUGAAUCUGGCUGGAGGAGACAUUCCAAGUGAGGCGAUGCACAGAGCUAAAGUUAGGAAGUGGGUUAGAUUCAGACUGAGGGGACUUUGGUGCUAGACUGAGAAGUCAGACAGCUUUACCCUGUAGAGAGGGACUGGGAACCGCUAAAAUAGAACAUCGAGAGAGAUUCUUUGCAUUACACAUAGAUGAGGAACUCCUCUUAUUCACGCAGAUUUGUGUUUUCUUUACAUUGCAGUCACCUGGAAUCAGAAGGCUCUUGCUAUAAUAUUGCUGAAGAGAGAUACCAGGUGUUAGUGUUAUCACUCUUGCUAGGAAGACACUAUUAUCCAAAUGGACAGUCCUAGCCGUGCUCCUCCUCAGGUGGAGCUAACGUGAUGGGUUCCUUGGCCCUUAUGCUCACCUGUGCAUGCCCGGGAAGGAUGGGCAUGAAGAGGGACCCCGGCAGUCCUGAAUCACAAGUGUUUUAACCUGCCCCAAUCUGGACAGGCUGCCCUCCCAUCCCGGGAUACAGCAGUCAUCCUGAAUCUGCCUUCAGCCUAAUCUUGGGGUUGUCUUCAAUGCUUCCCCACAUUGGCUGUCCCUAGGUUGUAUCUCAUGGUGACUCCUGUUUGUCCGCUUUCUUUUAGUGGAGCCUGUCUUCCAAUCGGUUUUUGGAAAUAUUUCAUUUUGCUUUGGAAGACACUCGAGCAAACAGUUAUUUAAAUGUACACAUUUGGCAGUACAAUGCCAUUUUUGUUUUUAAAACUGUUCAUACAUGUUCAUAGACUAAAGACUGGGAGGUUAUAUACCAAAUAUUAACAGAUUCUUAGGAAAGAAGGGUAAUGAAAAGUAGUUCUUUUUCAAUAAAGGGAAUGUAGGUGAUCUUAAUACAUUUUUUUUCUGCUUAUUUCUAUUGUCCAAAUUUUCUGCAGUCAACAUAAGAAAAAUCUAUUAUAAUAGUGACCGGUAAGAAUGAUUGAUAUCAUUUUCCUGAAGAAAUGUGUACUGUUGAGGUUAAAAUCGAUAUUCCACCUACUUUAAAUGGCAUGCUGUUAUUUCCCAAUGUUAUUUUUCUUUGCAGUGAGAAAUUUGUUUUUUGUUGAUGAUUUGAUUUAUUACUUUUUAAAAUUUCUUUAACUAGGUAAUGUUUUCAUGGCACGAAACUUAAAAUGAUAAACAUUUCUACUUCUUUUUCUGUUGAUUUCUUUUAUAACACUUCGUUGCGUGGCUGCGGUACCUUACCUCUUUGAUGGUAUAGCUUGAUGAUAGUUUUUUUUAAGUUUUUUUCUCCAGGCCUCCCCUCCAUUUUCUUAGCAACCUGCCCCCUCCCGCACCCCAACGCCUCCCGUCUAUUUUGGUCUCUAUAGUCCCUGUUAGAUCCUUUCCCCAAGUGUCUGGUAGUCCAGUCUGCUGACAUUUAGUGGUGGAAGACCAAAAAUCUAAUAGCUCUGUGCUUGUGCGAGGGAGGACGGGCUUAUCAGCUGGAGCCUCAUGUAAAGGAACCUGGGGAGGCAUUUGUUGGCACACAGCCCUCCCCUAGUUCUUGUUACAUUGUGCUGCCUGCCCGCCCUCCCAUGCUGGAGGUUUCCCGUGCUGGAAGAUGCCAAGCCUUUGAGGAUGCAGAGUGUACCUUGGGUGGUUCUCCGCUUUGCCCGCUGCUGGGUGAGGGUUUGAUUUUCUUGGAUCUGCUGAAGUGACUGCUUUUUCAUCUGCUUCUUGGUUUUGAAGAGCGUAUUGCUGUCAUCUCCUUGUUGUGCCCCCUAUUAUAGUGGGGGUUUUGUUUUGGGGAGGGGGUCUUUUAAAUUCACGGGGAAUAAACAAAAUUAAAUAGGCUUGUUUAAUCUGCCAUCUUAAUCUGGAACUCCUCCAAACACUUUCUGAACUCCCUACCCCGUAGAGCCCCUUUACAAGCUACACGGGAUGUAGAUCUCAGCCCCAAAGCAUUGCCUGUUUUCGUCAUCGACUUCAUUCACAGACAUAGUUCUAAAUGACUUUCAGCUAUUUCUAGAAAUUAGACACAUCUUCCUAAGCGAAGGUUUACCAUGUUUAAGGUUCCAUGAAAGCAUGUGCCCUAAAUUGUUGCCCAGCCCCUGGCUGAGAAGGAACAGGCGUGUGGGAGGCGGGCGAAGAGCACGCAGGGAGGGGACGGAGAAUCUCCUGAGCCAGCCUCUUUCACGGCUUAGUUUUGUUUCAGUGCAUGGCACUUCCCAGAAGAGACGAGGCUCCUUCUCACUGUGAUCUGUACCCAGGUGGGGAGAGAUGGGGUGUGGGCCAUGCAUGUAAAUUGACAACACCCCUCCCCGUGUAGGGUGCCCUCAGGUGGUCAGGAACACUUUUGGAAGAUAAAUCUAAGGAAGAGGGUGGUACUUAGCAGCUGUCAUUUUCCUUUCAGGCUCCUGUGACGUUUGAUGACAUCACUGUGUACUUACUCCAGGAGGAAUGGGUGCUGCUGAGCCAGCAACAGAAGGAGCUCUGUGGUUCCGACAAGCUGGUGGCACCACUGGGCAUGGUAGAAGCAACAAUCAGCAUUUUGUGGGUGGAAGGACUGCAGCUGGGGUGAGUCUUCCUGGGCCAGCUAAAAGAGUUUGAAAACCACUGAUUCUUCCAAACCAGAAGUUGCAGAAUAGCAGCUCAUGGGCCAGGACCAACUGUUGCCAAUCCUGAGCUGUUCUGUAAAUUCGGACGAGGGCCAGAGCCAUGGCUUGGCAGCGUCCAGGGCCAGAGGAGCCUUCUGGAGCAUCACCCAGGAAAAAAACAGAAGGGCUACAUGGAAGAAAUGGAGGUGCAAGGUCCCACCAGGGAGAGUGGACAGUCCCUCCCGCCUCAGAAGAAAGCCUGCCUUUCCCACCUCAGUACAGGCAGUGGACACAUCGAGGGAGACGGGGCAGGAAGAAGCAGGAAACUUCUGAAGCCCCGAUCCAUCCAGAAGUCGUGGUUUGUGCAGUUUCCGUGGCUGAUCAUGAAUGAGGAGCAGACGGCUCUGUUCUGCUGUGCUUGCCGAGAAUACCCCUCCAUCAGGGACAAACGGUCAAGACUAAUAGAAGGUUAUACAGGACCAUUCAAGGUGGAGACUCUCAAAUACCAUGCCAAGAGCAAGGCCCACAUGUUCUGUGUCAAUGCCUUGGCAGCAAGGGACCCCAUCUGGGCAGCCCGGUUCCGGAGCAUCAGAGACCCACCUGGUGAUGUCCUGGCCAGCCCGGAGCCACUCUUCACUGCAGAUUACCCCAUAUUCUAUCCCCCAGGGCCUCUGGGAGGAUUUGAUAGCAUGGCUGAGCUCCUGCCAAGCUCAAGAGCUGAACUAGAGGACCCUGGGGGGAAUGGAGCAAUUCCUGCAAUGUAUCUAGACUGCAUUUCAGAUUUGAGGCAAAAAGAAAUCACUGAUAGCAUCCACAGCUCCUCAGACAUUAAUAUUUUAUAUAAUGAUGCAGUAGAAUCCUGCAUUCAGGACCCUUCUGCAGAGGGGCUGUCGGAGGAGGUUCCUGUGGUGUUUGAGGAGCUGCCGGUGGUGUUCGAGGAUGUGGCAGUGUAUUUCACCCGGGAGGAGUGGGGCAUGCUAGACAAGUGGCAGAAGGAGCUGUACAGAGACGUGAUGCGGAUGAACUACGAGCUGUUGGCAUCCUUGGGACCUGCUGCUGCCAAGCCAGACUUGAUCUCCAAACUGGAGCGGAGGGCUGCACCCUGGAUCAGGGACCCAAAUGGGCCAAAGUGGGGGAAAAGUCGUCCUCCAGGGAACAAGAAGAUGGUGGCAGUGAGAGAGGCGGACACACAGGCCUCGGCUGCAGACUCCGCGUUGCUUCCAGCCUCUCCCAUGGAGGCCCAUGCCUCCUGCUGCAGUUCGAGCAUUUGUGAGGAAGGAGAUGGACCUAGGAGAAUCAAGAGGACAUACAGGCCCCGUUCCAUUCAGAGGUCAUGGUUUGGGCAGUUCCCAUGGUUAGUAAUUGACCCCAAAGAGACCAAACUCUUCUGCUCAGCCUGCAAAGAAAGACCUAAUCUCCACGACAAAUCAUCUCGGUUAGUCAGAGGUUACACGGGGCCUUUUAAAGUGGAGACUUUAAAAUACCAUGAAGUCAGCAAAGCGCACAGGCUCUGUGUCAACACGGUUGAAAUCAAGGAAGACACCCCUCACACUGCCCUCGUUCCAGAGAUCUCCAGCGACCUCAUGGCCAACAUGGAGCACUUUUUCAAUGCCGCCUACUCCAUCGCAUACCACUCAAGGCCCCUGAAUGACUUUGAGAAGAUCCUGCAGCUCCUCCAAAGCACCGGGACCAUGAUACUAGGCAAGUACCGCAAUCGCACGGCGUGCACUCAGUUCAUCAAGUACAUCUCGGAGACCCUGAAGAGGGAGAUCCUGGAGGACGUGCGGAACUCGCCCUGUGUGAGCGUGCUGCUGGACAGCUCCACCGACGCCUCCGAGCAGGCCUGCGUGGGGAUUUACAUCCGCUACUUCAAGCAGAUGGAGGUGAAAGAGUCCUACAUCACUCUGGCCCCUCUCUACAGUGAGACAGCAGAUGGGUACUUCGAGACCAUCGUUUCUGCCCUGGAUGAGCUGGACAUCCCCUUCCGGAAGCCUGGCUGGGUGGUGGGGCUGGGGACGGAUGGCUCAGACAUGUUGAGCUGCAGAGGAGGCCUUGUGGAAAAGUUCCAAGAAGUCAUCCCGCAGCUGCUGCCUGUCCACUGCGUGGCCCACCGGCUGCACCUGGCUGUGGUGGACGCCUGCGGGAGCAUCGAUCUGGUGAAGAAGUGUGACCGGCACAUCCGCACCGUCUUCAAGUUUUAUCAGUCCUCAAACAAGAGGCUGAACGAGCUGCAGGAAGGUGCAGCGCCUCUGGAGCAGGAGAUCAUCCGCCUGAAGGACCUGAAUGCGGUCCGCUGGGUGGCCAGCAGGAGGCGCACGCUGCACGCGCUGCUCGCGAGCUGGCCCGCCCUGGCCAGGCACCUCCAGAGCGUGGCAGAGGCUGGGGGCCAGAUUGGGCACCGGGCCAAGGGGAUGCUGAAGCUCAUGCGCGGCUUCCACUUUGUCAAGUUCUGCCACUUCCUGUUGGACUUCCUGAGCAUCUACAGGCCUCUGUCCGAGGUGUGCCAGAAGGAGAUCGUGCUGAUUACAGAGGUGAACGCCACGCUGGGCCGGGCCUACGUGGCACUGGAGAGCCUCCGUCACCAGGCGGGGCCCAAAGAGGAAGAAUUCAACGCCAGCUUCAAGGAUGGGCGGCUCCACGGCAUCUGCCUGGACAAACUGGAGGUAGCGGAACAGCGGUUCCAGGCGGAUAGGGAGAGGACGGUCCUGACGGGGAUUGAGUACCUCCAGCAGAGGUUUGACGCAGACCGACCCCCACAGCUCAAGAACAUGGAGGUGUUUGACACCAUAGCCUGGCCGAGUGGGAUCGAACUUGCCAGUUUUGGGAAUGAUGACAUUCUCACCCUGGCCAGGUAUUUCAAGUGCUCCCUCCCAACAGGAUACAGUGAGGAAGCUCUGCUGGAGGAGUGGCUGGGCCUGAAAGCCAUCGCCCAGCACCUCCCGUUCUCCAUGCUCUGCAAAAACGCCCUGGCCCAGCACUGCCGCUUCCCCCUGCUGAGCAAGCUCAUGGCCGUGGUGGUCUGUGUGCCCAUCUCCACCUCCUGCUGUGAGCGGGGGUUCAAGGCCAUGAACCGGAUCAGGACUGAUGAGAGGACCAAGCUCUCCAACGAGGUGCUCAACAUGCUCAUGAUGACAGCUGUGAACGGCGUGGCCGUCACGGAGUACGACCCCCAGCCCGCCAUCCAGCACUGGUACCUGACCUCCUCAGGCCGGCGUUUCAGCCAUGUCUACGCCUGUGCCCAGGUACCAGCCCGCUCCUCUGCAAGUGCCAGGCUCAGGAAGGAGGAGAUGGGAGCCCUCUAUGUGGAGGAGUCCGGGAUCCAGAAGCCACCCAUCCUGCCCUCCAGGGAAGCAGUGGAGGUUCUAAAGGACUGCAUCAUGGAGCCUCCCGAGAGACUCCUGUACCCCCACACCAGCCAGGAGGCCCCGGGAUGUCCUGAGGAACAGGGAGUCCUUGGGACUGCCUUGGAGACACCUCUGUGAUCACUGGGACAGGCUCUGCAGAUUCUAGGCUGCCCUAGGAUCUUCUGCUGGUGGCGAUGGUCUCUAAGCACCAGGAAGUGGGCAGUGGCGUCCUGGAGCAGCAGGGGUAUUAGGAGGUGCAUGACCUGUUUCCUGAGGCCCCACUCAGCACAGCCAUGGCUCACAGCACACAAAUGUGCCAGAAGGUUCUAUAUCUCAAGUUCAUUUUUAAGGUGCUCCAGAAAAUAACCCCAUCGUGAAAGGUUUCAGCCCCUGAGUUCUGGUGGCAAGAGGAGUGUCCUGGUGGGGGAGACUGUUGGACAUCCUGGGGAAUGUUCCAGGGAGGCUGCCCACAGCCUAAGUGGGAAUGGGAAAGGCCACUUUGUUAGACGGGGAGGCUGCCCUUGCUCUGCAAGAGCCCCCAGAGGCAUUGUUCUGGGACUUCUACCCUGGCUCCCGCAGCAGAAGCAGUGAGGCCUCAGUCUCGUGCGGAACUCUACCUCUUCCCAGGGCUUCCUUUAGGGCGAAACAAUCACAAGCCCUUUGCACAGAGCACCCAAGAAAGUUCUCUUCCUGCAGCUCCACAUGGUGGAGCUGGGCUCUUCUGGCAGGGGGUCUGGUGCUUCCCGCAGAGCCGAGCCGCGUUUGACCCGCAGCAUGCCCGGCCUGGUUUCCUCAGGAGAGGAGGGGACCAAGUUGGAGCUGGGAGGCUUGGUAUGCAGCCCCAGCUCUGCUGCAGGCAGUGAUCUGAUUAAUCCCUUCCUCUUUGUGCCUCAGUUUCCCUCUCCAUGAAGUGGCAGCAGAGAAUCCAAGUGCCUGCUGACUCCCCAUCUGCCCUAGGAUUAGAGAAUGAGAGCCUCGAGCUCCCCGAAAGACCUCUGGCUGCAGUGUGGACUUAGCUGCCUUCCGCCCCAUUCUUGUCCUUAGUGGGACAGGUAGGAAUUUGUCUCCAAAGUCCUUGCUGUAGGAGUUGCUCUCUGAAUGCACCAUCUACACGACAGGCUAGUCCACUCUUCUCCGAGCUGCCCUGGGGACUCUGCACCAGGAUCUCCAGGGCCCACUGACACAUCCCCGAAUGGGGGCUCAGUGACAAGGGCUUUGAACAAGCUCCUCCAGGGACUUUGGGCCUGCUCCAGCUUCAGAACCACAGAACCACCGCCCUAGAGGCACAGAGGGGCUUCCGGCACUGCUAGGUUCACACCCUCCUCGUCCAUCUUCCUUCCACCUAAAGUGAAGCACUUUUCCUUCCAGGGGCAGCUCCGUCUUGGCAGGCUCAGGAGGCCGCUUAUCAGGAGGGGGAUGAUUUUGUCUAGGUUCUGACUUCCUUAACCAUGGGCAAGAAAUAAGGAAAGUCAGAGGGCAGGGUUUCUCUGCCCUGCCUGACACUUGUUUUAAACAGGCAGGAAGUGGGCGCCAUCCAUCCCAGCUUGCUCGCUGCCUGGCUUAGGCAGGUCCUGUGCUGUGCCGCAGGCCCCUGUGGGUGGGCCCUUUCUCCAUAGUCUGCUGCUUCCCAUUCCCAGGGUAGAUGCUGGCAUCUGAGUACCUGAGUACCCUUCCUAUUCCCAGGGUAGAAGCUGCUGUCUGAGUACCCUUCCCAUUCCCAGGGUAGAUGCUGGGGUCCGAGCCCCUCCCCAGUACUGCAGGUGCCCUAGUACUCCACAUGCCCUUUCAUCCCCACCCCAGCACUUAGCCUUAGCACUGUUGCUUUCCUGUCAUUUUCAGUUCUAGUCAGGAAUUCCUUUCUUGCUUUCUGCCUUUGACCUGUGGAAAUGUCUCCCAGCCCUGUGGGUCUGGCGGUCAGAGGGACCCCACAGGCCUGUGGUGUGGGAGCUCUGGGAGGUGUUACUAUCCGCGUGGCUAAGACAUGCACAGGCCUCCUUCUCCCCAUCACCGUCUCCAUGGGCGUUCAGGAACUUGCCCAGGUCAGGCACUGUGGAUGUGAACUGGUGGAAGGGGAGGGAGAAAGGCUUUUUUAGGUGGGGCUGUAGCCUCUGCCCUACCCACAGGGAUUCCCAAGCGUGUUCCAGCACACACGCUUCCUGGGGCCUCUUCAUCCUUGAAGAAUCCCUCAGAGCAGGAGGCCAUCCUGUGAGCAGCCGUGAGUGGGUCUCUGUGGGAGCAGUUCUGGAGCUGAGGUGGAAGUCAGGGGAAGCACCUCACCCUCUCCACGUCAGCAUCAGCGUGCUCCGAGGACACCAGCAUCAGCGUGCUCCGAGGACACCGUCCAGUGCCUUCCUUAGGUGGUGGGAAAGGGGGUCCCCUUGCAGCGGGGCCACUGAGAAUGCUGCUUGUCAUAGAAUCUGCACUACCCGAUUUCUCGAGGGGCGCAGGCCUGCUCCGUUCCCCUUUGUCAGCCAGUGGCCGAGAAGGAAGAAGAUGACUGCCAUCUCAUUCCUGAGCUUCCUCAUUCAGGACCCCGUGGAAACACAGUGAGCGUCCUUAUCAGAGGCCCCUGGCCCAGGCUCGCCCCUUCGCUUUGUUUGGAGAGGCUGGCUGAGUUUCGGCCCCUAGUGCUGGAGACCCCCUUGUUGGAGAGGCUUCCUGUUUAUGCCUCACAAGAAGAAAAACCGCAGGGCUCUGGGAGUGGAAGCAUGCACUCCCGCUUUGGCUGGAGUCCCAGCGCUUGUCGCCACCCUCCUCCUUGCCUGUAGUCUUGACAGCAUCCGUAUGUACAUGUCAUGGCAUUUCCCCUCCCUCUCCCUGAUGACUGAUACCCAUCGGGUCUGACAUUCCAAGUAACCAGUAUGUAACUGGUAGUUUGAUCCCAGUAGCCAUAGCGACUCCAGGUGGGAGUGAGGGAGCCCAGCCCCCUGUCCUGGAAGAUACCUUGGAGUAUGUGACCGCGCUCCAGACCCUUGCUUCUCUCUCCUGCAGUGGGUGAGUUUCUAGGGUGCUAAGUACCUAUCAGAACAGCGUGGAGGGGCAGGCCCCUCAUACAGGUGUCUGCUUAGCCAGGUACACUAACUGUGACUGGCCCAGGGAUGUUCUCUCCUCCAUUUUCAAAGAUGAAAGGAGGUUUUAAAAAACCAUGUUUGAUUCCUAACCUUUUGCUACCUGAAUAAAGCAGAGUCUAUUUCAACACA